AAUUAUUAAGAAGUUGUGGAUGAUUUGAAUGAAAAAUAUUUGAAAUUCCUUCACAGAAUUGAAGUGUGUGGGAGGGAAAAAAGAAAAAAUUAUUCAAGGGAGCAAGAAUUUAAUGAAAUUGACAAGGAAAUAAUGAAAGACGAACGCGACAGCUGCUCGAGUGGAAGCUCAUUUAGUGGAAUAUGUAAAAACAUUCUCAAUAAAACUCCAACGCCAAUAUGCAUGUUUUAUUUCUCCCAUCCAUUUGGGAUAUCAACGCCAUCAACCGCAAACAAUGUUGACAACGAUUUGGGAAGAAAAAAGGCGACGAAGAAAAGUUCCAAAUACACGACAACAACUUAUUUGGUGACGGAAAUUCAGAAGAACCACAGUGAUGAGUCGCAAGAUGAAUGUCAAGGAAAGAAACAAUCAUAUACUGACCGCGAUCUGAUCCCAUGGCCAAAGAAUUUUUUAUUGCCACCACUUGUUCAAUUACUAGAAAAAAAACACGGAAAGAAGCCACCAGACAUUGAUGCAAUAUUACGACAAGUUCGAAAGCAAGCAUGGAACACUCCAAAGUCUCAUCAGUCGUGUAAUUUCUGGAGUCGUGGCUCUUCAGUUUCAAGCGACGACUUCUCGUCGUUGGCAUCGCCUGACUCAGUCAAUGACAAAGUAAAACUGAAUCGAAUGAAAUUGAAGCAAAAAUCUAAAAAUACAAAACAAAAAAACAUGGAAACAAGUGAAAAUAGCGGAAAUGGCCGUGGAAAAAGUCAACAAAUAUUCUUGAAGCGUCGCUAUUCAGUUCCAGAAAUAAUCAUGAGAAAGUAUUCGUUGGCUCAACAAAAAUCAUCGGACGAAAGCUCAAGCAACAUUCAGACAACAUCGAGUGAAGCUUUCAGAAAAAGUCGUAAUGGUCAAAGCACCACAAACAAGAAACCAACACCACCUCAACCUGCCACCACUUCCAACACUCGCACAUCGACUCCGAUAAAAUAUUUCAUUCCACUUUCUCCCCAACAGCAACAACAACAACAUACAUCGUCGUCGUCGUCAAAUUGUAUGAGCGGUGGGGGAAGUGGAGGCUUCCUCAACACAGAAAUAUCGAUGCGAAAGCAAACAUUACUUCGACGAAUGUGGAGUCGCGAGUUUCAACAUUCGAAAUAUUCGGGCAGUUGGUCACCGCCUUUAAGACGUUCAAGUCAUCAAUCGCAAAGUGGUCUCAAAAAAUUCAAUACAUUACCGGAAAUAGCUUCAACAUCUUGUGAAAAGUGUAAGGAACUCGGCGUACUCGCCAGAAAUUUUGAUGAAGAAAUUUUCGAAAAUAAAGAAAAUAAAUCGCAACAAACCGAUUUUGAUUUGGAAGGAAAUUCCAUUGAGAUUAAGAAGAGUCGUCGAUCAAGUGAAUCGUCGCGUACGUCAGACGCCAUACAUUCAACUGAUGUAAAUGUUGUCACAGCUGCUGCUGCUGCUGAUACUUCACCAUCGAAGUUCGACACAAACGGCAACAAUAUCAUCAUUUGCAUGACGGCAUUGCAAGAACCACGACAUCAACCUUGUGAAGAUACGUUGAGAGUGGAAAUCGAUAAUAAUAACAACGCAGACAUGAUUAGAGAAAAGAUUCUUCGUAAACAAUUCAGCACGCAAAUCGAUGAUCAGGAAACGACGAUAACAACCACACCAAUCAACUACAAACGCUUAAAUGAAGAGAAUCUCAACGAAACGGAAAUUGACGAAUACAUCUCGCAAAUGUUGAUUCAAAACCUCGAAACUGUCAUUAAGACUGUUAAUGAAAAUCUGCAAGCAAAUGGCGAACGCAACCUUGUAAGAAUUGAUUAUCAUUCGAAUGGCGACGAGGACGGCUACCACAAUAAUAACAACAAAAUAAAUAAUAAUAAAUUUGGAAACCAACACGAAAUUUCUAUUCAAAUGAGAAACGCUAAAAAUGGGGACACCAUCAAAAGUAAUCGAAAUUCAAAUGAAGUCGUAAGUCCAAGCAACGACGACGACGACGUUGCAGUCGAGCGUGGUUUGUGUGGUGAUUCGGAUGGAAAAUCGCAGUUGGUUGCGACUUUUGAUAAUAAUCAUCAACAUUAUAUUGUGUCUAACGAGAAGACAUCAAGAACAAGCGAAACUGGAACUGACACGUCGGAAGAUCAACAACAUUUUGAGGUGACAGCUAUUAUUAAUUCAGGAACUUCUUAUCCUGAAAUUGACAAACCGGAAUCGAUUUACGUUCCACGCUUUAUUGGACCAAAAACAGAAUCAAUGGAAGUGAAUCCAUCGUCAUCAUCUGCACAGGAAGAUGAUGAGUUUGAUGGUGUUGAAGAGUCUGAAGAAGAAGAGAUUAGUGAUGUUGACAGUCUCGAUGAUCUUGUGACAGUCGAAGCGAGAAAGCUUCACGAGCUUGCACAUCAUCAACAUAAGAAAGCUCAAGCAUUGUUUCGACAAACACAUCUGAAGGGUCAAGCAUUCUUUGUUCCAAUCGUUGACACUGAGCAACCAAUUGAUGAACAUAUUGUCGUAGCUGAAAUGAUGCCGGAAAAGCUCAAAGAGAAGUUAAUUCUCCGUCAAAGACGACGUGACAUGAAGAAACAAAGUGAAAUGAAAAUCAAGCAAUGGCGAAUGCAAAAGUUUAUUGAACGAAAAAUGGGUGAAGUGAAAUUAGUUGACGACUACAUUGAAGACUUCUCGAAAGGUGGUGGUGGUGCUUUUAAGAUAAUUGGAAUGCCAUCAAAGAAAUUGGGACCAAUUCAGACGAACACUUAUCGACGAGAAUCGAGUGGUGGUCAAGUGAGUGGUUGGAUGCCAAAGCCACGUUUACCACCAUCAGCACUACCAACACAACUCGAGACAGUUAACGAAGCCGUCGUUGAAAAAGUUCCCCAAAAACCUAAGAAACUCCGCAACGAAAUUGGCAUGUUGGAGUCGUAUAAAAUCGAUGGCCGUGGCAACAUGCAAAUACAAAAUCCAAAUAAACCGGAAAAGCCGACCACAACUAAAGCGAAGAUUAAACGGAACACAAUUGAGAAUAAAAAGCCAAUAAGAGUGAAAACGAAAACAGCUUUAGAAGUGCCAUCGAGAAAGUCAAAUGCGUCUUCCAAAAGAACGACGACAACAUCAUCAUCAACAACUUCAAAUGUUGAUGUACGAAGACGACAAGUGAUGAAAGAUGUCCAACAAAUGUCAAUGUACAAAACCGAUCUUACGCCUGAUCCCGACAGUGGGCCUUCGAGAAAAAUGUGGAAAACUGAAAUACAAGAAGGUGAUAAGCACAUUGAAAUCCUAGAAAUUGUUGAAUGUGUCGACGGCACAUCAUCAACUGCACCUGAUAAUAAUAAUUUUAAUCACAUUUACUCAUCACCGUCAACAUCCACUCAAAACCAUAAUUAUUAUCAUGUUACACCAUCAUCAGAUCAUCCUACGAUUGUAAAUAAAACAUUUAGUGUAAGAACGUCGGGUUAUGGCGACAGUCGUGAUAGUUUUCCAUCAAGAAUUCCAAUCCCGAUUCAUUACCGAAAUCAUUUCUUGCGGGGAAAUCAUCGUUAUGAGGCUCGUGAAAGUUCGCCAAGUAACAACAACUACAGCUCAUCAACUGACCCUGAAGAUUCUCUCACAUCAGCUGGAAGUUCACGAGUCAAGCAAACAUCGAAAGUUGAUCGAAUGAUUGCUAAUCUCUUAAUGGAAGCACUUAAAAGUCCCGAAGAUUUAGGCAUUGAAUUUGUAAAUUCGCCAAAGAUGAGAAAACCAAAAAGACGUUCACAGCCAUAUUCGCCAGGUGGUGUCGAUUCAUCUGGCUAUUUCACUGCUGACAGUUCUAAUCGUAGAUCAGCAAGUAAUAGUGCAAGUAAAUAUCAACAUCGUUUUGAAGUCAUUCCUGAAGAGAAGAGUAGCUUCUCGGUUGACUCAUCAAACGAUGAUUUCAUUGAAGAUGAUGAAGUCGAGCAAGAGAGGUUGGAAAAUAUCAACAGUGAUUGGAAGAGUCGUAAGAAUCUUCAAAAUAAUGACAUUAAAACGAGAAGUGUCACGCCAAAGUCUGAGAAGGAAGAUGACAUUCAGGAGAGUGAGAAAAGUAAAUCACAGAAAGUUUCACCGUCAGUUUCAAAGAAGUCACCCACGAAAAGCAACCAGAAGUCAUCGUCUGCAUUAACAUCCUCGGUCGUUAAGUCGACAUUAAAAUCGUCUCCCGCUAAGAGAGACAUCAAGACGAAGAAAAGUUCGUCUGGUGGUGAAUCAUCAUCAGCGAAUGCAUCAACAGAUAAAAAGUCAGAACCGGAGGAAGCAAAAUCUUUCAUAACAUUCUCGGAUAAUUGCGAGCAAGGGAAAGAAGAUGAAGAGACGUCACAAGCAAAGACGGAAGACAUUUAGACAUAAAUACGUAAAUAUAAUAUUUGAGAUAUCUCAAGUGCACAUUUCUUAUGUUGAUAAAAAUAUAUUUAACAAAAAAUAAAUUGUUGAAGUGUUGUUUUUGAGAAUAAAAUGUAAGCGAUUAUGAAACCAAA